AUGGCGGAAACAAACUCUACUAUCAUAGACCCCAACAUCCUCGUUGAGGAAGAAUGCCUUCCACAGUAUGAUGCACGCCUUUAUUAUCCAGUCAGAUUAGGCGAGGUCUUGAACGACAUCUACAAGGUCAUUAGAAAGCUUGGUUAUGGGAGGAACGGAACUGUCUGGCUUGCCAAAUACAUUGGCGAACUGGGUCUCGGUACCUACCCAUUUGUGGCCAUCAAAGUUUUGACUGUUGACGCGUCUAGAAAUCACGAUGAACUUAGGAUGGCGCAGCUUAUAACUGAUGCCAAUCCAUUUAGCCCUGAUCGCGCCUAUGUCCGGACUCUGUAUGGUAGCUUCGUGCUGAAAGGACCUCAUGGAGACCAUGACUGCUUAGCAUACUGGCCCCAGCGAGAACCUGUCAAUGUCUUUCAGCGUCGUUUACGUGAAGAUACCCCCGGCGUGGAGUUCUUUACACUCCCCGUUUUCAUGGCUUUUUACAGGCUAGUUCUCCAAGGCCUGCGAUAUCUCCACCGUGAUUGCCAUAUCAUUCACACUGAUCUCAACUUGUCCAAUAUUCUUUUCAUACUAGAGAAUCCCAAGGUGUUUUUGCUGGAGUACGAGGAAUACGCUUCGGAGAACUCUGCCGUGAAGAAGAUUCUCCCUGAUCGUGAAAUCUAUGUGUCAGACAGUGACUUUGGACCUGUGUUGCAUAGAAGCAUGCCCGCUCCUGUGAUCUCUGACUUCGGCAAAGCGGUUCGGGGUGACCAAGGCCUGUGCGAUUUAUUUAUCCAGCGGGAUCCGUAUCGUGCGCCAGAAGUUAGCUUCGGAAUCGCGUCGUCAUAUAGUGCUGAUAUUUGGAACCUUGGCGCACUGGUCUUCGAUUGUCUGGCCGUGGAAUCGCCCAUUAUGGGUUUGGAUUCUAAAGGAAAGUUCAACAUCAUUGUACAAAUUGCACAAAUUAUACGUCUUCUUGGACCCCCGCCUGCGGAACUCAUAAACAGGAUAAAUCCCAUGUGCAGAAAGAUAUACUUUGAUAGCAAUGGAGAAUUCCUGUAUGCAAAUUACUAUCCGCCCGGGAACGAAGGGACAUUUGAGGCCGUGUUUUCUACUAUUCCGGAUUCUCAAUACAAGCAGAUGUUCAUUGGAUUUCUGAAGCGGAUGCUCAGGUGGCUUCCGGAGGAACGGGCGUCCAUCGAUGAGCUUCUCGAUGAUCCCUGGAUGUCGGUCGCUAAUUCGCCGAGGGUCAGCGAAGGUAGUAGUGACAUAGAUAUGUUCUAG